AUGGAAGAAUCAGAGACCCCAACACCGGCUGGAUCCCUUCCACCCUCGCUGAAUGAGAAAUGGACGGAAAAGGAAGACCGAUGGCAUCUUAUCGACAAACUGGAGGAGUUCAACCAACGGGAUCUUGCUUCCGGAUUCAAACCUCGGCAACUUGGUGUCACCUGGAAAAAUCUCACGGUCAAAGGAACUAGUGCCGAAGCUGCAAUCAAUGAAAACUUCGUUUCGCAGUUCGACCUUCGCCGGCACCUUUCCCGUUUCCGACGCAGGAAUUCUCUACAAACAAUCUUGGACCAAAGCCAUGGCUGCGUUAAGCCUGGUGAGAUGCUGCUUGUUUUGGGCAGACCUGGGUCAGGUUGUACCACGUUGCUCAAGAUGCUCUCCAACAGGCGAGCAGGCUACCAGAAAAUUGAUGGGGACGUUCGAUUUGGAGAUAUGUCGCACGAAGAAGCAGAGAAAUAUCGUGGCCAAAUCGUCAUGAACACCGAAGAUGAAACGUUUUUCCCUACCCUCACUGUCGGCGAGACGACCAUAUUUGCGACUAGCGGAAAGAUCCCAGCCCAUCUCCCCGAAGGUUGCAAAUCAAGACACGAGUACCAAAAUGAGCUGAGCGAUUUCCUACUUCGCUCGCUUGGAAUAUCCCACACCGCAACUACCAAAGUUGGAAACGAGUAUGUUCGUGGUGUAUCGGGAGGUGAGAGGAAGCGUGUUUCUAUCCUAGAGUGCCUUGCUGCCCGAGGAUCGAUUUACUGCUGGGAUAACAGUACCAGAGGCCUUGACGCCAGUAGUGCGCUGGACUGGGCAAAAGCCAUUCGAGCAAUGACAGAUGUCUACUCCCUGUCUUCCAUCGUGACGCUUUAUCAAGCUGGAAACCAGAUCUACGACCUUUUUGACAAAGUCCUCGUUCUGGACGAAGGAAAGCAGAUAUACUACGGCCCAAUGAGUCAGGCUCGUGGUUUCAUGGAAGACCUUGGAUUUGUGUGCGAGGAUGGCGCCAACGUCGCUGACUUCCUAACCGGAGUUACAGUGCCGACUGAGCGCCAGAUUCGCUCAGGCUUCGAAGCCAGCUUCCCGCGCGACGCAGAAUCUAUCCGCUCUUCAUACGAAAACACAGAUAUUUUCAAAAACGCCGUUGCCCAUUAUUCAUACCCCAACUCAGAGCUUGCUAGUCGGCGAACGUCAGACUUCAAGGAAAGCGUCGCUCUCGAAAGAGCAUCCAAACGCAGCCAAUACACCGUCGACUUUGUCUCUCAAGUGAAGGCAUGUAUUAUUCGUCAAUACCAGAUCAUCGCUGGGGAUAUGGUUACUUUUGGAAUGAAACAAGGCUCGAACAUCGCCCAAGCUUUGAUAGCUGGUUCUCUAUACUACCAAGCAGCCGACGACUCCUCCGGGGUGUUUAUCAAAGGGGGCGUGCUGUUCUGGUCUGUGCUAUACAACAGCAUGACCGCAAUGUCUGAGGUUGUGGACUCUUUCACAGGCCGACCUGUCAUCCUGAAGCACAAAUCUUUGGCCUACGUUCAUCCAGCAGCCAUCUGCAUCGCCCAAAUUGCCGCAGAUAUCCCUAUCAUUAUUCUUCAAGUUACUACAUGGUCCCUCAUCAUCUAUUUCAUGGCUGGCCUGGUCCUUGAUGCAUCGAAUUUCUUCACAUACUGGACUAUUUUGUUCGUUACCAACAUGUGUGCCUGUGGGCUGUUCCGUGCAAUUGGCGCUGUUUUCGGUUCAUUCAACACCGCUGCCCAGCUCUCCGGAUAUGCGAUCGCUAUCAUGGCUAUGUAUGCUGGAUAUCAAAUCCAUACAACGCAGAUGCAUCCGUGGUUUGGCUGGCUAUAUUGGCUCAAUCCAUUGUCAUACGGAUUUGAGGCAUUGAUGGGAAACGAGUUUCAUCUUCAUGCGAUCAAAUGUGUGAACACCAAUCUGAUUCCCAAUGGCCCUGGUUAUAGCCAGGACGAGCAUGCCUCGUGUGCUGGCAUCGGGGGUGCACAGCCAGGAGCUCUCUCUUUGACAGGCGAUGAAUAUCUUGCGUCUUUGAUGUAUAGCCACACUCACAUUUGGAGAAAUUUCGGAAUACUGUGUGCGUGGUGGGUUGUGUACGUCGGAAUCACACUAAUUGGAGUCAUUCGCUGGCAUGAUGCUUCUGAGUCGGGAGCUUCGCUGCUCAUUCCUCGCGAAAGAUUAGCUUCUCACCAGCGGCUUUCUCCCGUUGACGAAGAGUCCCAGUGUACGGAGAGAAGGAAGGUUAAGCAUUCGUCCAAUCCGAACGAGUCACUCCAACAGCCUGCCCCCGCUGAACAGGAAAUACUACAAAAUACUUCAAUUUUCACGUGGAAAGCUCUGACAUAUACUGUUAAGACAUCCUCAGGCCCUCGAGUGCUCCUCGAUAAUGUUUAUGGCUGGGUUAAGCCCGGAACCCUCACUGCACUCAUGGGCUCGUCAGGAGCAGGAAAAACAACCCUUUUGGAUGUUCUCGCGCAGAGAAAAACCGAAGGAACAAUCAAAGGAUCAAUUCUGGUCGAUGGCCAUCCCCUCCCCAUAUCCUUUCAACGCUCGGCCGCCUACACGGAACAGCUCGAUGUCCACGAGCCCUAUGCCACAGUGAGGGAGGCAUUGCAGUUCUCUGCUCUUCUUCGUCAAUCCCGAGAUAUCCCUGAGGUUGAAAAGCUCAGAUAUGUCGAUGUCAUCAUUGAUUUACUGGAGCUUCACGACAUCGCCGACUCCCUGAUUGGAAAGCCUGGCGCAGGGCACGGCUUGAGUAUUGAACAACGGAAGCGCUUGACUAUUGGAGUGGAAUUGGUCUCGAAGCCUAGAAUUCUUAUCUUCUUGGACGAACCUACCUCAGGUCUGGAUGGCCAGUCAGCAUUCAACACCGUCCGCUUUUUGAGAAAGCUUGCUGACGCGGGCCAAUCUGUCUUGGUAACGAUCCACCAGCCGUCCGCCCAGCUCAUGGCACAAUUUGACAGGCUUCUACUCUUGAAAUCUGGCGGGAAGAUGGUAUAUCUUGGUGACAUCGGAAAGAAUUGCCAGACGAUCAAGGAUUAUUUUGGGAGAUAUGGAGCACCUUGCCCUAUUUCGUCCAAUCCGGCGGAGCACAUGAUUGAUGUGGUUUCAGGCCGCUUCUCAGAUACCGAUUGGCAUCAGACAUGGCUUAAUUCCCCUGAGCACAAGGACACGACCAACGAGCUCGAGGCUAUCCUGCAACAGUCGGUUGCCAAAGGUCCCAUGGAGGAGGAUGGUUUUGAAUUUGCCGUACCACUGGCUGUCCAGACCAAAUACGUCUUGCGCCGCAUGAAUCUAGCGCUGUUCCGGAAUACGUCCUAUAUCAACAACAAGAUUGCUCUCCACAUUGGUCUGGGACUAUUCAAUGGGUUCAGCUACUGGAAAAUCGGACAAUCGGCAGCCGAUUUACAGCUCAAGCUUUUCACCGUAUUCGUUUGGAUGUUUGUUGCGCCCGGUGUCAUCAAUCAACUUCAGCCCCUCUUCAUUGAGUGCCGGGAUCUUUAUGAUGCCCGAGAGAAGAAAGCAAGAAUAUACUCUUGGAAAGCCUUCGUCACAGCUUUGGUCAUCUCUGAAAUGCCAUACCUUUGCCUCUGUGCCGUCUUGUAUUUCGCAUGCUGGUACUACACAGUCGGCAGCCCCACGGAGUCCGAUAAAGCAGGUGCUGCAUUUUUUGUGGUUCUUAUAUACGAAUUUCUCUACACAUCGAUUGGACAAUUCAUUGCAGCCUAUGCACCGAAUGCUGUAUUUGCUGCACUGACCAAUCCGCUUCUUGUUGGAAUCAUUGUAUCCUUUUGUGGAAUCCUGGUCCCUUACGAGCAAAUCGUUGCUUUUUGGAGAUACUGGAUGUAUUGGCUGAACCCGACGACGUACCUGGUUGGUAGUAUGCUUACAUUCACCAUAUUUGACGCCGAAGUUGAAUGCGCGACCGAAGAGCUGUCGCUAUUUGACCCGCCCAGUAACAUGACUUGUGGCCAAUAUCUAGUCCCCUACCUUAACACUUCGGGUGCAAACCUCUUGAACCCAGAAGACUCGCUCGGCUGUCGUGUUUGCCCUUACUCUAAGGGAAGUGACUAUCUUCAUACCAUCAACAUCAAUGAGUGGUAUUUUGGAUGGAGAGACGUGGGUAUCACCGUUCUCUUCGUCAUCAGCUCAUACGCUUUGGUAUAUUUCUUCAUGGCACUGAAAACAAAGCCUUCCAAAAAGGCCGAGUGA